AUGGACUAAAAAUUGGAUCAAUACAUGAAAAUAAAAAAAGCUCAUUUUAUAAAUUCAAGUAUAAAAAGUAAGAAUUAGAAUAAUAAAUUGAUAGCAAAUAUAAAGAAGGAUUACAAAUUUAUAAAAGAGAUAGGAGCAGGUGGUUUUGGUGUUGUUUUCGAAACUGAAUAAAAAUCAACAGGUAUGAGAUAUAAGUUCAUUAGGUAUUAAAAGAGCAAUUAAAGCAAUUGCAAAAGAUCGUGUUGUUGAUAAAGAGAGUUUUAAGAAUGAGUUAUCAAUUUUGAGAAAGAUUGUAAUUUUUAAAAUUUGAGUAGAGGAUCAUCCAAAUAUUUUAAAGAUGUAUGAAGUAUAUGAAACAGAAAAGACAGUAUAUUUGGUGACAGAGUAAUAAGAAUAAUAAUAAAUAUAAUAGGAUGUGUGAAGGUGGAGAAUUGUUUUACUUUAUAACAAAGACUCAACAUUUAACUGAGAUGUAAGCAGCAAAAAUAAUGAGAUAAAUAUUUACAGCAGUAGCAUAUCUACAUGAACAUAAAAUAGUUCAUAGAGAUUUAAAGCCUGAGAAUUUCUUAUUAAAAAAUAAGAAUGAUGAAUCUUCAAUUAAAUUGAUUGAUUUUGGAUUAGCUAGGAUUUUCAGAGAAGAUGAAGUUAUGACAUAACCUAAUGGAAGUCUAUUUUAUAUAGCUCCAGAAAUAAUUAAAGGAUAAUAUUCAUAUGAAGUUGAUUAUUGGUCAUUGGGAGUGAUUUUAUAUGUGAUGAUGUGUGGAUAACCACCAUUUCCAGGAAGAAAUCCUUAAGAGACUAUUAAGAAUAUUUAAAAAGGAAUAUUCACAUUUUCAAAAGCAGGAUUUAAGGGAGCAACUGAAGAGGUAAUUGUAUAACAUUGAGGAGAGGUUAGGGAUUUGAUUUAGAAAUUGUUAGUUAUGGAACCUAAGAAAAGAUUUACUGCUAAAUAAGCUUAUAAUCAUCCUUGGGUAUAAUAAUAAGUUAGUCAUGAAUUGAUGAAUUUGAAAUUACAUGAUGAUACCAUUAAAGGAUUAGAGAAGAUGAUUAAUGCUUAAUAAAUGAAGAAAACUAUGUUAUUAUAUUUAGCCACUUUUAUACCUGAAAAUGAAGUAACUUCUUUAAGAUAGUUAUUUGUAUCUUUAGAUAAAGAUGGAAAUGGUAUGAUUUCAUUAGAUGAAAUGAUCGAGGGAUUAACUGGCUUUAAAAAUAUGAAACAUAAGAAUAUGGAUAAGAAUUUCGUAACUUAAUUAUUUAAGGCUAUGGAUAUAGAUUAAAGUGGAUAGGUAGACUACAGUGAAUUUAUAGCUGCAUUUUUGGUUUGCCCAUAAUUUUAGAAUGAGAGAUUUAUAGAAGAGCAAUUUAAAAAAAUUGAUCAGGAUAACAGCGGAAGAAUAUCUAAAAACGAAUUGAUGGAUAUAUUUCAUACUGAUACGAUAUCAAUAAAGGAUAUUGAUAUUGAAGAGUUAAUAAAGUAGGCUGAUUUAAACAAGGAUGGGGAGGUAUAGAAUAAAUCUAAUAAAAAGAUCGAUUAUUAAGAAUUCAUGAUCCUUUUAAGGGAUAGAUUUGCUGAUUAGAUAAAGUAAUGACUAUUUG